AUUCUUUUUCGGACCGAUCAAUUUCUUAUCGUUAAUUAUCUUUAGAGGGAAAGACAUAUCUAACUUUUUACAGAAGAUGGACAAAAUAAAAGAAAUACCACAAUUUUUAAUGUGCGCAAAGAAUAACGAGUACUAAAAAAAGGUACCGAAACCAGGGCUCGUCCGGGAUUUGAACCCGGGACCUCUCGCACCCUAAGCGAGAAUCAUACCCCUAGACCAACGAGCCACAUGUACGUUCGAUCGUAAAUUUCUUUAAUAUCGUGAAUAAAAUUACACGAAUGUAUAUCAAAAUAUAGAUAUAAUACGCAACAUCAACUUUCUAACGUGAUAAUAUAUUAUUAUAUAUAUAACCAUUUAUGUACAUGUAAAAUGUCUAUGAGCUUUAAUUACGAUGUGGAAUAUCGUAAUAUGUUUUAAGAAAUUCAAAUACUUAAUUAACAGCAAAACAUUAAAUAUAUUAAAUCAUAUUAUUUUAAUUCCUCUAAAUUGAAGUUUUUGAUCAUGUAGGGACCAACUAGGCGCCGUGGCUUAGUUGGUUAAAGCGCCUGUCUAGUAAACAGGAGAUCGAGGGUUCGAAUCCCUCCGGAGCCUUUGGUGUUCUUUAGAUGUUAUAUUUUUUAUAUACGCUGUAUUUUAAUAAUAUGAUUUAUGGUACGAUGGUAUGUUUGUGUUGUUUUCUUUUCUACUAUCUAGUUUUUUUCUUUUUAUAGAUUCACAUGUGCAUAUUCGUUGUAUCUGUAAAUAGGAGUUCGCUUCCAUGUGCAACGCUAUUUAAAAGUCGAAAAAGAGAUAGGAAUCCCUUUAGUAGACCGCCGGUAUUUCACCAAACAACGAUUGAGUGAUCGAUAUUGAGAAAGUGUUCCAUGGCAACGUAAUACAUAUUAAGAAAAGAGGAUAAGAUGGGAAAUACGGAGAGCAAUGUAUCCAGCGGAGUAAAGAAACAAACGGACGCAUCUUCUAUCUUGCUUUACAAAUUAGUCGACAUGAAAGGAGGUGGUUUAUUGGUAAAUAUGAUGAAAAGGGCAACGCAAACUAAACAGUACGCGGAAUUGGACCAUGCUCUAAGAACCAAAGUAGAACCGUAUUUAUACAAUAAGGGUAGAGGUAAAUGGAUUCCAAUCGAAAAGUUGGUUUUGCUGCGAAACAAGGAUCGUCCGAAGCACAAAAUGCUUCCACCGUUGAGAUCUAUGGAGAAUCCUGCCGAUUACGAUAUAGACAAAGAUAUGCAAAAUGAGGAUGAAUUGGACGAGACAAAAAUAGAUAAAAGCAAGUACAGACUAGUCUGUUGGAGCUUAGGCGAAAGAGGAGCAGUCGGUGAAACGAUUUUACACUUGUGCAUGUUACACUCGACUGCUAUUCACAUUGAUCUGGCUAAACGUUUAUUACGUUUUUAUCCUAAGCUUAUCAACGAUGUAUAUAUCAGUGAUGAAUAUUACGGUGAGAGCGCAUUACACAUCGCAAUAGUAAAUGAAGAUCCAGCAUUGGUAAAAUUCCUCUUGGACAGCGGUGCGGACGUACACGAAAGAUGCGUGGGGAACUUUAUGUGUCCGGAGGAUCAAAAAGCGUCGAGAUCGGACAGCCUGGAUCAUGAAUGGGUUUGCGUAGCUCCGGAAACGGAUUAUAGCGGAUACGUUUACUGGGGCGAGUAUCCUUUAAGUUUUGCCGCAUGUUUAGGGCAGGAAGAAUGUUACAGAUUAAUACUCGCCAGAGGAGCGGAUCCCGACAAGCAAGACACAAAUGGAAAUACUGUUUUACAUAUGUUGGUCAUCUAUGAAAAACUGACUACGUUCGAUAUGGCAUAUGAAGUGGGUGCGUCGUUAGCGAUCAGAAAUGCUCAACAUUUAACACCUUUGACGUUAUCGGCGAAAUUAGCUAGAAUCGAACUGUUUUUUCAUAUCUUGAACAUCGAGCGGGAGAUUUAUUGGCAGAUCGGGAGUAUUACGUGUGCAGCUUAUCCUUUAUCGCAAGUCGACACGAUCGAUGUUGUUACAGGAAGCAUCAGUCAUAAUUCCGCUUUGAAUCUGGUGGUAUUUGGCGAAAAGGACGAACACUUGGAAUUGAUGGACGGUGUCCUGGUCGAUCUAUUAAAUGCCAAGUGGAACACUUUCGUCAAGUCUCGGUUCUAUCGUCAAUUUUUUCUUUUUUGUUUCUACUUUAUUCUGUCAUUGAUCAGCUUUACUCUUCGACCCGGUCCAACGAUAACAUCGUCGACUUCCUCACUCGCUGUCACUCCUCGUGUCUCUGUUCCAUCCAUCGAAUCGCCCAUAACAACUCUAAAACCAGAGCAACUCCUCCCAAACGUUACCAAAACUUCUCAAAAUUUAAAUCUAUCCCUUCUUCUCGAUAAAGCUGUUACCACUGCUUUUACCUCGAAUAUAAAACAUCCUUCGAAUGUAACAACGGCAAGCUUUGAUAAACUGAAGCUCGAUAUCGUCACCGAUCUAACGUCUAUCUUGAACAUUUUCUCGACAGACCGAUCUCAAAACGAGAUCGAAUUGCUCAACGAUUCUUACAGGAUAGCUAUUCGACCAGCCGAACAUUUCUACUCCAAGAAUAACGGUACACCAACGGAUUAUCUAAAAAUUACGACGAUCAACGACAGUGUCGUCUUUAUAAAUUCGACGAUACCUUUUGAUAAUAAUACAGUUUCUCCUGGUAGUAACAAACACAACUGGUGGAACAAUCUCACAGAAAAGUGUAGACUGAUGCAUCUAACAACAUUAUCGGCCAAGAUUCGACUAAUCGCCGAAAUAUUAAUGGAGAUUGCGGCUAUUCUUUAUAUUAUUGCAGCACUGCGCGAAGCCAGAUUUCUCGGUCUUAACAUGUUCAUUGAGAAUCUAAUGACUGCGCCGUCGCGAGUAAUGUUCCUCUUCUCCUGUUGUAUAUUACUGUCCUUUCCAUUGCUGAGGUUGGCUUGCGCCGAUCAAGUUGAAGAUAUGUUGGCAGUUGUAGUGAUGUUAACGACGGCACCGUAUUUUUUAUUUUUCUGCAGAGGUUUCAAAACGGUCGGUCCGUUUGUUGUGAUGAUUUACAGAAUGAUCAUGGGUGAUUUACUCCGUUUCGUCUCCAUUUAUUUGGUCUUUGUAAUGGGAUUUUCUCAAGCAUAUUACAUCAUAUUCCUAUCUUUCGAUAAUCCAAACACACCAGAAGGAGUAGAUGAUUCGGUGAGCAACCCAAUGCCGUCGCCGGUAGAAAGUAUAAUGGCAAUGUUCCUUAUGAGCAUGACGAACUUUGGAGAUUACUAUGGCGCGUUUGAGAGAACGCAACACGAGAUGGAAGCUAAGUUCUUAUUUGUGGUAUAUAUGGCAAUCGUUGCCAUAUUAUUGGUAAAUAUGUUAAUUGCUAUGAUGGGAAAUACAUAUCAGAAAAUCGCGGAGACAAGAAACGAAUGGCAAAGACAAUGGGCACGUAUAGUUUUGGUAGUAGAAAGAGGAGUAAGUCCACAGGAAAGGCUUAAAAAAUUAAUGGACUAUUCGCAGCCAAUGUCCGAUGGUCGAAGGGCGUUAGUACUUCGAUUGAGUCAAUCGGAAGAAGACAAGGAAGAAAUGAAGGAAAUUUUAGAAAUGAAAAGAACUCAUGAUAGAUUGUAUAAAAAAAGACAGAGCAAAGUAACAAAAAAGAUCUUAACAUCAGAAGAUAAUACUAUUUUGUAAUAUUAUCACAGAUGUCUCGUCUGUAGCAUAUGUUCCCAGUCGUUUAAUAUAUUGAGAUACUUUGUUGAUAUAAAAACUGCAUCUUACAUACAAUGUACAUAAUAAACUCUUAUGAUUAUGA